AUGAAAAAGCUGCAGAAACAUAAAGACCAUUUAAGGAUUAAUCUCACGAAAGCUGAAGAGGAGGUUAUAGUCUUGUGUGAUGAAAACGACAUCUUAGACAAAGAAAACUGGAGGUUGACAAAUCUAAUCCAAAAAGAACACCAUAUUCUUGAUUCUGGUGGGAAGCAUAGCAGCGAAUCCAUCAAGGGGCAAAAUCUUAAACGAAAAUCAAGUCCGUGUCCUAAAGAGGGAAGUCCCAUUGAGAAGAAAAUGGACUUCUAUGAUGCUGCUGGGUCACCAAGGAAACCACUGUCUCCAUUGUUGCAUAACAAGUUGAAGCCCUCGACACAAGUAGUUUUGGUUGUGGCUUCUGAGAUGAAAAAGCUGCAGAAACAUAAAGACCAUUUAAGGAUUAAUCUCACGAAAGCUGAAGAGGAGGUUAUAGUCUUGUGUGAUGAAAACGACAUCUUAGACAAAGAAAACUGGAGGUUGACAAAUCUAAUCCAAAAAGAACACCAUAUUCUUGAUUCUGGUGGGAAGCAUAGCAGCGAAUCCAUCAAGGGGCAAAAUCUUAAACGAAAAUCAAGUCCGUGUCCUAAAGAGGGAAGUCCCAUUGAGAAGAAAAUGGACUUCUAUGAUGCUGCUGGGUCACCAAGGAAACCACUGUCUCCAUUGUUGCAUAACAAGUAA